AUGGGACCGAUCACUAGAUCCGUGACGGUUUUCCUCGGGAUCACCGUUUUCGGAAUAUCUGGAUACGCCCUCUAUCUGCUUUUCCAAAAAGACGAAGACGACGAGUACCUGGACACCUUCGCUCAAGCCUCCAAAUUCAAGACCCUCGAAGUCAGAGUGCCCAAGGACUUGGUGCGCUCGUUGAUCGGUAGGAACGGCAAAAACAUCAAGGACAUUCAAGACCACUCGAAUACCAGGAUCAAUUUUCGGGAUGUGGACGAUUCGGAAGUUAAGAUUUGCGUCAUACGAGGAAGCACAGACGCAUGCCAUAUCGCGGAGAACUUAAUCCAAGAGUUCAUCAACAACCAGCCGGUGUUGGAGAGCGAAUCCAUCUGGGUGCCUUUUGCAACUGUCGGUAUGAUCAUCGGCAGAAGUGGGGAGAGGAUUUGCGAGAUCAGGGGGCUUUCCGGGGCCAAAAUCACCGUCAAUGAUGACGAAAAGGGGUUGACGGCCAAGAGACUAACAAUCAAAGGCACCAAGGAGCAGAUCAGCGUGGCCAGAUCGCUCAUCGAGGACAUCGUCGAAAAAUCGACGGCGAAACAGCAGACGAUCGACGCCUCCCUGGCCAAGAGGGAGCCUCGGCUGCCCCCGAGGUCGCCCGAACAUGUCAAGGGUGUCGGCAGCCCCAAGGCAGAGCGCCUGUCGCCGAUCCUCGGGCAGAACGACGCCCCCUUCGAGGUUUACGUCUCCGCCAUGGUGGACCCUUCCAGGUUUUGGGUGCAGAUCGUGGGGCCCAAAGCGACCGAACUGGAUUGCUUGGUUGAGGAGAUGACAGAGUAUUACGGUCGGGAGGAGAGUAGGGAGGGGCAUUCGUUGGAGGACGUGAGGAAGGGAGAUUUGGUCGCAGCCACGUUCCGAUUCGAUAGUAAAUGGUAUAGGGCUGAAGUGCUCAAUAUAAUAGAAGAAGACUCUGUGAAACAAGCAGAGCUCUACUAUGUCGAUUAUGGUGAUACAGACAAGAUGCCUCUCAGUGACCUCUAUGAACUGCGAACGGAUUUUCUAAGGCUACACUUUCAAGCUAUCGAGUGUUUUCUAGCUAGAGUAGAUCCGGUCGGCGAUUCUUGGUCCGAAGAAGCCGUCGAUAAAUUCGAAGAAUGGACGCACGUGGCCCAAUGGAAGAAACUCUCUGCCAAAAUGAACGGAUACAGCGUGCGAGAGAAGACGCGAGCGAAGCGCGAGGGCUCCCCCGUGCCUGGGGUGGACCUCUACGAGAUCGAUGAGCACGACAUCGACGUGGCCGAGGAGCUGGUCAAGUCGGGCCUGGCCGUCUUCAAGAAGGAGGCCCUUCUGGCCGGCGGCAGCAGGGCCACCAGUACGAGCAACCUCAGCGUGGCGAGCACGUAGGGGCGACGUCCGGCUGAACGGCUAGGCUGAAGAUGUGCUCGUGUGACGAGGCAGGUUGGAAUUGAAGAGUGGAUAGUCUCUUUGAAGGUAGAAUGUGAUCACCGAAAAAGGACAAUAGAAAUUAAUAUUCCACAGAUGCCUUUACAAGUGCCCUAAAGCUCAGUGAACAUUUUUAUGUACAUAAUUUGUGGCAUCUUGUGGAUAAUUUCUUUGAAUGGACAUUAACACCUCUGGUUGUGUUGAAUUUGCUGCAAAAAUGGAAUUGUUAGGUCUGUACAUAUUGAAAUGAUCUGUAAAAAUAUUUAGGAAAUAAACUGAUAAUCCAAUU